AUGGAAGAGUUAAAGAGAAUCACUACACAUGAGGACAAGAUGAUUGUAAGUCAGGUUGGAGUUCUAAUUUUACCAGAAUGGGAUAUAGUAGAUACAGUGACCUUUGAUGUAAUUAGGAAAUCAAAGGGCCAACAAUUUAGUUCAGAGGAGGAAGCAAGGGGAGGGAUUAUUAUAAAGAGAGAAUUUGACACAUCAAGUGUGGAGGCUACAAAGUUGAAUGUUGAUGUUGCUAAAUUGGCUCAUGAAUCUUCAAAGAGUGAAGCCUUGGAAAAGGCAGAGUUAAUGAGAAAAUUUGACAAGAUUUUCAAUGAUUACAAUGCAGUUCAACAGAGUACAGAAAAUGUUCCUGUAUUGGAAUCAAUAAUGGUGCAAGAUGAUAGCCUUGACAACUCACCUGAUCAGCCACAGGAACUAAAUGGUCUGACCUCAAAAAUUUCAGAAGCAUAUGUAUUACCCCCUUUGAAGCCUAAGAAAUCUGGGAAAUUGGAAACACUGUUGCUAGCUUAUCAGACUCUUGGAGUUGUUUAUGGAGAUCUUGGGACAUCCCCUCUUUACACAUACUCUUCUAUUGCUAUUGACAAUCCUGAAGAGAGAGAUUUGUUGGGAAUUCUUAGCAUGAUAUUCUGGACAUUGACAAUGAUUGCUCUUCUCAAGUAUGUCUUCAUUGUCAUUAGAGCAGAUGAUCAUGGGGAAGGAGGCACAUUUGCACUUUAUUCAUUGUUAUCUCGGCAUAUUAAUGUUGGGCAAAAGGCUGGCAACCAAUUCAAUCGUCUUCUGUCAGACUCCAAAUUGAAGUACUUCAGUCAAAAGCAUGGGAACAAUUUCAACUCCAAAACAAAGCAAUUUCUUGAGACAAGUGCUGUAUUUCAGAGAACUCUUCUCAUAUUUGUUAUGAUAGGUACCUGUAUGGUAAUUGGAGAUGGAUCUUUGACUCCUGCUAUUUCAGUGUUGUCCGCUAUUCAAGGAAUUCAGUCAAAAAGCUCUAAGCUUGACCAGAGCGCCGUUGUAGGAAUAUCAGCUGCAAUUCUGCUGCUACUAUUCGCCCUUCAAAGAUUUGGUACUGGUAAAGUGAGUUUUCUGUUCUCCCCUGUAAUGAUUCUCUGGUUCGUCAGCAAUACCCUUAUUGGAAUAUACAAUAUUGCAAAAUAUUACCCAGCAGCAUUCAAGGGCCUCAACCCUUAUUACAUAAUCUAUUUUUUCAAUAAACAACAAAAAGAUGGAUGGGUUCUGCUGGGAGGUGUUGUAUUGUGUAUAACAGGUGCUGAAGCUAUGUUUGCUGAUCUGGGCCACUUCAAUAAGAGAUCGAUCCAGCUUGCUUUCUCCAUGUUGGUAUACCCUGCUCUAAUUAUCACAUACACCGGACAAGCAGCUUAUUUGAUAAAAAAUAAAGGAGACAUGCCGACUGCAUUUUAUAGCUCAAUUCCAACUCCAGUGUUCUGGCCUAUGUUUGUUAUUGCAAUUCUAUCAGCCAUUGUUGCCAGUCAAGCAUUGAUUUCAGCAAGCUUCUCAAUUAUAAGACAAUCCAUGGCUCUUGGAUGCUUCCCUCGGGUAAAGAUGGUACACACCUCAAAAAAUCAGGAAGGACGAAUAUACUCCCCAGAAGUCAACUAUGUGCUUAUGGUUAUAUGUCUUGCCAUCGUUGUAGGAUUUAAAGGUGGCCCAGAAAUUGGGAAUGCCUACGGAGUUGCUGUCAUUGGUGUCAUGUUCAUUACAACAUGCCUAGUGAGCUUGGUGAUGCUAGUUAUUUGGAACAUGCAUUUUUUACUUGUAUUGCCAUUCCUUAUUGUAUAUGGUCUCAUAGAAGGAGUCUAUCUCUCAGCUGUGCUGAACAAGGUGCCACAGGGAGGUUGGGUGCCCUUUUCAAUUGCAGGAGUGUUUCUGAUUAUCAUGUUCUCCUGGAACUAUGGAAGGCAGAUCAAGUACAAAUAUCUAUCAGAGAGAAAAGUAAGCUCAGAGGACCUCCAUGCACUGGUUGCUGGUGCAGGAACUCGUGUUCCAGGAGUGUGCUUCUUGUGCAGUGAUCUUAUUUAUGGUUUACCACCUAUUCUGAGGCAUUAUGUGAAGAAUGUGGGUGCUCUUCAUGAAAUUUUCAUCAUUCUAACCAUAAGAUUUGUUCCAGUGACAACAGUGUUGUUAGAUGAGAGAUUUGUAGUGGGAAAACUUGGGCCAAAGGGUGUUUAUAGAUGCCUUGCUCAAUAUGGCUAUAGUGAUGAGACCCCAAACAUGGAAGGCCAAGAAUUUCUGAACCAGGUUAUUGAAUGCAUAAAGAAGCACAUUAUGGAUGAUCAGGGCAGAAGUUCAGUUGCACAGGAUGAAAUACAACAGCUUGAGCUGGCAAAGAAGGAAGAGGCUGUGUAUGUGUUGGGGAAGACCACCCUGAGGAGGACUACUAAGAAAAGGUUUAUUUUGGCAAGAUGGGUCAUCGAUAUAUAUGGAAUUCUGCAGGCCAAUUGCAGGUCAACCGUUUCUACAAUGAGAAUACCACCUGAACAGUUUCUUCAAGUUGGAAUGGUACAGGAACUUUAGGGUUUAGAAGAAAAACACCAUAAUAAUAAAAAAUCUGUACUUGUCCAUAGGCACUUGGACUGUACUGGUGCCGUCUGCUUGAAUUUGUUUGUUUUAGUUUGUGGCUUUAUCUGUAUAUUUGGAGAAUGUUUUGGCUCCUCAUCUAUUUUUAAUGUACA